AAAUUCGUGUUCUGUUAAUAAAGCGGAUUAACGAAUUUUUAGGGUGACGAUGCCUUGUAACUGUCCGGUUACCCAACCGGGACCGACGCUCGCGUCCACCUGCGGCGGCGCCCAGUUCAUGCUCUUCAUGGGCCUCCUCGAGGUCUUCCUCCGCUCCCAGUGCGACCUCGAGGACCCGUGCGGUCGCCCCGACCAUAGCACUCCCAUCCUGCCCGAGUACGACUUUAUUGUGGUUGGAGGAGGAAGUGCUGGGUCUGUGGUGGCCAGCCGUUUGUCUGAGAUACCCGACUGGAAGGUACUGCUGGUGGAAGCUGGCAUGGACGAGCCUACCGGUACGCAGGUGCCGUCCAUGUUUUUGAAUUUCAUCGGGUCGGACAUCGAUUGGGCUUACAUGACGGAGCCGGAGAAGGAGGCUUGUUUGGGGGAGACGGAUAGGCGGUGCUACUGGCCCAGGGGUAAGGUCCUGGGUGGUACGUCUGUGAUGAACGGCAUGAUGUACAUCCGGGGAGCUAGGAAGGACUUUGAUGAUUGGGCUGCCGAAGGCAACGAAGGUUGGAGUUACAAUGAGGUGUUGCCGUACUUCUUGAAGAGCGAGGACAACAAACAAAUGGAUAAGAUGGACAGGGGUUACCACAGCACUGGAGGUCUUCUGACAGUGUCACAGUUCCCAUACCACCCGCCACUAUCCAGAGCAAUCUUGAAGGGGGCUGAAGAACUUGGUUAUCCAACGAGAGACUUAAACGGAGCCUACCAUACAGGUUUCCAAAUAGCUCAGACAACAAACGUGAACGGAUCAAGGUUAAGUACUGCAAGAGCAUUCUUGAGACCUUUUAAGAAUCGAAGAAACCUUCACAUAUUAAUGAAUGCUACAGUUACAAGAGUUUUGAUUAAUACCACCACUAAACAAGCUUACGGAGUUGAAGUACUCAAUAGUGGUUUAAAACAAGUCAUUUAUGCAAGCAAAGAAGUAAUACUAUCAGGAGGCACAGUCAACUCACCACAAAUUUUGUUGCUGUCUGGAGUUGGUCCCAGGGAAGAUCUACAAAACGUUAACGUGCCAGUUGUCCAUGACUUACCAGGUGUUGGUAAAAACCUCCAAAACCACGUGGCCUUCUUCAUAAACUUCAACAUUAACGAUACCAACAGUGCACCAUUAAACUGGGCCACCGCCAUGGAAUACCUCUUGUUCAGAGAUGGACUGAUGAGUGGUACCGGCAUUUCGGAAGUCACAGGCUUUAUUAAUACCAAGUACAACGAAAAUCCAAGCCAGGAGCAACCGGAUGUCCAGUACUUCUUCGGAGGCUUCUUGGCGAACUGCGCCAGAACUGGACAGGUUGGUGAAAAGGUUGACAACAACACAAGGUCCAUACAAAUCAUACCGGCGGUGCUACACCCGAAGAGCAGGGGCGAGAUUAAGCUGAAGGACAACAACCCUCUGAGCCAUCCCUUGAUUUAUGCCAAUUAUUACACGCACCCUGACGAUGUUAAGGUCAUGGUGGAGGGUAUCAAGUUCGCCAUCGAGUUGGCUAACACCAAGGCUUUGAAGAGGUAUGGGUUCCAAUUGGACACAACGCACGUGCAAGGUUGUGAGUCACUAACAUUCGGAACUGAUGCUUAUUGGGAAUGUGCUGCCAAGAUGCAAACUGGUCCGGAGAACCACCAGGUCGGAAGCUGCAAGAUGGGGCCUCCUUCUGAUCCUUUGGCUGUUGUCAAUCCUCUUCUUCAGGUUUAUGGCAUUGACAGGUUGAGAGUAAUUGACGGAAGCAUCAUCCCUAAAGUGACGUCAGGGAACACCAACGCUCCAAUAAUAAUGGUGGCUGAGAAAGGAAGUGACAUAAUAAAGUCCAGAUGGAUAACACCUCAAGGCGGCUUCUUCUACACCAACAGAGUAAACAGACAAUGGGGAUCAUGGUAGAAGAAUUUUAGUGCACUACGAUUUUAUUUUAAAUCAAUACACUUGGAUUUUGAGUGUUUUUAUUGUAUAUUUCAAUGCCUCAAUCCUUCAAAAGUAAUAUAAUAUAUUAUUGUUAAGAAGGUGUAAAGUAUUACUAGUAUUUAUUUGUAAAAUUUUAUUGUAUAAGUAAAUAAAAUUAAUUUUUUUUAUUGAAACUGUCUGAAUUUU